AAAAGUGGGUGUGUUAGUGCGUGUAUUUUAUUUUUAUGAUACACACAGUCACAGAGUAUAUAUGCUCUUUUUUUUUUCAAUGAUGAUGGAUAUAUGUAUUUUAAUUUCUCUCUCAUUAGUUUUCUUAUCUUUUAUUAUUAAUUAGUAAUUACCUAUACUCCAUCCUCAUCGUCUCACUUCUCCUUUUCUCCACUCACUCACACGCGCAAACACACACAAACACACUCUUUCUCUCUGUCUAUAUAUAUAUUCCCACUUUGAUCGAUUCACAUAAUUAAUUCUCAACAAAAUUAUUACAUUAAAUAGUUAUUAUGGGUGAAUAUUUUGGUGUGAUUUGCAGCUUAGUAGUAACUCUGCUUCUUGCUUCCUACGCAACUGCGUGUGAUCGCUGCGUGCACCAAUCCAAAGUUUCUUUCUUUUCCAAACCUCAACCCCCCCUUCUGUCCGGAAGUUGUGGGUAUGGUUCUCUGGCUAUAGGAUUCAAUGAAGGUCGUCUUGCAGCUGCAUCACCCUCCAUUUACAAAGACGGAGCUGCCUGCGGUGCAUGUUUUCAGAUAAGAUGCAAGGAUGAAAGAAUUUGCAGUAAAGAAGGGACUAAAGUAUUAGUGAGCGAUCGGAAUGAUUAUGAUAACAAGACCGAUUUCGUGGUUAGCAGCAGAGCUUUCACGGCCAUGGCUAAAAAGGGAAUAAUGGCCCAGCAAAUUUUGAAACUUGGCCUUGCUGACGUGGAAUACAAGAGAGUAGCAUGUGAUGAGUACAAAAACAAGAAUUUAGGCCUUAGAGUAGAAGAAUCAAGCCAAAAGCCAAAUUAUCUGGCCGUUAAAUUGUUAUACCAAGGUGGUCAAACAGAAGUUGUCGCCAUGGAUGUUGCUCAGGUUGGAUCGUCAAAUUGGAAUUACAUGAGCAGGAAAUACGGAGCAGUGUGGGACACAAGUAGGGUACCAAAUGGGGCGCUCCAGUUCCGGUUUGUGGUGACGGCCGGGUUUGAUGGGAAAUGGUAUUGGGCCAAAAGCGUGUUGCCUUCUGACUGGAAAAACGGGUCCAUUUACGAUUCGGGCCUCCAAAUCACUGAUAUUGCUCAAGAAGGCUGUUCCCCUUGUGAUGAUUCCACCUGGAAACAAUCAAUUUGAUGUAGGAAACAAGGCCCAUUGGGCUCAAUCUUUUUAUUCCAUUUGAAUGUCAAUCGCCACGUUAGACUAGAGACAUUAAUUAAAGAAAGAUAGGCCGUCUAUCAUCAUCAUGUUUUGGGCAUUAAAUUCACAAAUUACCAGUUGUGAACGGACAAGUAAUUGAAUUAAUAAUUAAACAAAGGGAGUUAAUUCAA